UAAUGCUUAGUUCUCCUCCUUUGUCUUCUUUCUCCAAUGCCUACCAAUCCACAGCCGACAUCCUAAUGAAGACUUUCUUCCUCAUUCACUGUAUAGUCAUCUCCUUCUUCCAAUAUGACAUCAAAUGGAUGAUCUCAUGGCUGUUAUAUCAUCUUAUAUCUGUCCCCAUCUCAUCUUCUCUUCUUAUAAGCAUAGAUUCCACCCUUCAGUUUUCCAAGUCUUCUUCUUCUUCUUCAUCAAGUUUUCUACUCAAACUACUUCACCGACGCUUCUUGCAACGGCAAUCAUCAUGGAACCAUCCCCUCGGCUCGCUUGCUCUGCCGUCAAUCUUGACCUCAGUGUCGGACUAACCAAUUUCUCUUUAGAAGCCCCGGUUAACUCGAGAGAUUUGAUUCAUAAUUCGAUUCAAAUUGGAAGUAUUUCGCAGGGUAAAGAAGAGGUUGAGGGGAUGAGGUUGAAAGUGCAAAAGUUGAGUGAAGAGAAUAGGAAGCUGAAUGAGAAGCUUAGUGCUAUGACUGUGAGUUAUAAUAAUCUUCAGAACCAGCUUCUGGAUCUCAUGAACUCGUCGCCUUCCGAGAGGGGAAGAGGUGGUUCGACCACGAGAAAAAGGAAGACGAUAAGCCUCGAAUCUGAUAGCCGCAACGACGAAAACAGCCACUUUAUCUCGCAUGUAGAGAGUUUGUCUAGCGAAGAUUCUUAUCAGAGGAUGAGGGUUGAUCCUAAGCCGAGUGUGUCGAAGAUUUGUGUGAAGACCGAUCCAUCCGAUAAAUCGACUUUGGUGGUGAAAGAUGGUUAUCAGUGGAGGAAAUAUGGGCAGAAAGUUACAAGAGAUAAUCCCUCUCCAAGAGCUUAUUUCAGAUGCUCCUUUGCCCCUUCAUGCCCGGUUAAGAAAAAGGUGCAAAGAAGUGUUGAAGACUUGUCUGUGUUAGUUGCCACGUAUGAAGGCGAGCACAAUCAUAAGCCUCCAUUGCAAGGCGAAGGUCCGCCUCGUUCGAGCCAAGGCGUUAGCUCCGUGCCUAACUCCGCCGUCCAAAUGAUCAAUGUUGACCUUACGGAUGACCGGUGUGGCUCAAAUUCAAAUAAGGCUAGCACAGAGGUAGCUUCUUUUGGGUUUCAUAAGGUUAUGAUUGAGCAAAUGGCUGCCGUAUUGACGAAAGACCCAAACUUCCGAACAUCGAUAGCUAAUGCAAUAUCAGAAAGGGUUUUUGAACUUCCAUCUUCGAAAAAUUGAUUGAAUCUCUCCACUUUUGUUUAGAUAUUAUAGCUUAGCUCUAAUGUUAGGAAUUAGUUUAGCGAUGGCUUGCUUAAAGCAGCCCCCACUUUCUUUGUUUUCAAGAUUUCUGCUUUACCAAGCAA